UCGCUAGAGCGCGUGAUGGAAAUGAAGAGUUACCAGAAAAUCAAUCAUUUUCCUGGGAUGAGUGAGAUCUGCCGCAAAGACUUGCUGGCCCGGAAUAUGAGCCGUAUGCUAAAGAUGUUUCCUAAGGACUUCCAUUUUUUCCCUAGGACCUGGUGUCUUCCUGCUGACUGGGGAGAUUUGCAGCAUUACAGCAGGACAAGAAAAAAUAAGACUUACAUUUGUAAGCCGGACUCAGGCUGCCAAGGGAGAGGCAUAUUCAUUACCAGGACGGUGAGAGAUAUCAAGCCAGGGGAGGAUAUGAUCUGUCAGCUUUAUAUCUCAAAGCCCUUCAUCAUCGACGGGUUCAAGUUUGACCUGCGGGUUUAUGUGCUGGUGACCUCCUGUGACCCUCUCAGGGUUUUUGUGUACAAGGAAGGACUGGCUCGCUUUGCCACCACCUUUUACUCCUAUCCCUGCACAGGCAACCUGGAUGAGAUCUGCAUGCACCUGACUAAUUACUCCAUCAACAAGCACAGCUCCAACUUCAUUCAAGAUAACUCUGCUGGCAGCAAGAGGAAACUCUCCACCUUCAACUCGUACAUGAUAAACCACGGGUACGAUGUGGAGCAGAUCUGGAGAGCCAUAGAGGACGUCAUCAUCAAGACCCUCAUCUCGGCUCACCCAGUCAUCAAGCACAACUACCACACCUGCUUCCCCAGCCACACGCUCAACAGCGCCUGCUUCGAAAUCCUGGGCUUUGACAUCUUGUUGGACCAGAAACUCAAACCCUGGCUGCUGGAGGUCAACCAUUCUCCCAGCUUCUCCACUGACUCCAAGCUAGAUAAAGAGGUGAAAGACAGCCUGCUCUACGACGCACUGGUUCUCAUCAACCUGGGGAGCUGUGACAAGAAGAAAGUCUUACAGGAAGAGAGACAGCGGGGACGGUUCCUGCAGCAGUGUCCUUCCCGGGAGAUCAGAAUGGAGGAAGUGAAGGGUUUCCAGGCAGCGAGGUUGCAGAAAAUGGAGGAAUACGAGAAGAAAAACUGUGGCGGGUUCCGGCUCAUCUACCCUGGUCUGAACUUGGAGAAAUAUGAGAAGUUUUUCCAGGACAACAGCUCCCUCUUCCAGAAAACCAUCGCGUCCAGAGCCCGGGAGUUGUAUGCCCGGCAGCUGAUCCAGGAGCUGAGGCAGAAACAGGAGAAAAAAUCCUUCCUAAAGACGGAGAAGAAAGCAGAGAUGCAGGGCGAGAGUGUGGGCGAGCAGGCAAGAGACAAGGUCGUGAAGUUCCGGCAACGGCAACAGCAGGAGCGCAAGGCGGCCACCUGUCCCAUCAAACAAUCCUACCAUCCACUGGCUUUAGUCUCCUGCACAUCGGACUUGUUCUUGAAUAUCAGUGGCACAGGGAAAAACGAAACUGUCCAUAGCCUGUCCCAGAAAGGCUCCAAGGAGGCCAGCCCCGCUCCCUACAAGCCCUUGUCCACGAGGCCCUACAAUUCCGUCCCUGACCUGAGGAGUUCAAACCUCAACUGCUUUGGGAUGGAGGCCCGGAAGUCCAAUCCCCAAAUCAAGGAAGUCAAAUCGGACUCUGUGGUGAACGUAGUCAACGGAGUCCCACCCUUAACACCCGCAGAAACUUACCGGCUCUCAACCUCCCUGGAAUCUCUGGCAAGCAUGAGCAUGACCAGCAGCGCCGAGUGCAGCAGCCCGGAGUGUGUCCAUAUGCUCUCCUUUAGGUGCAAGCAGCAAAAGGCCUCCCACAGGCUGAUGCAGGAGAAAAAACCCAGGCCUCCCAUCUGUUCCAAACCUAGGCACUUGGGCCCAAACUGGACCUUGCUAAAGAAUGACAUGAAGAGGCAGUACCUGCUGUCAGACAUACUACAGAAUGUUCAGAUGAAGAAGAAACGCUCCUUGUUCCCUGCUCCCAAGUCACAAAACCUGUCCUUGUCCAGGGAGUGGUGCUCCCGCAUCCAAAGCUCUAACAAGAAGAAAAGGAUGGAUACAACCUCCGUUGUCUUCCUGCACGGUUCUCACAACCGUGCUCAAUCUCUGAGUGACCUUCUGGUAGUCGCCACUCAGGCCCGUCUGGAUCCUCGGCCUACCAGAAGCCAUUCAGGUACUACAAGGCAUCCGGACACACAGGACCUGAAGCACACAACCACUGUCUGUCUCUGCGUAGGAACUGGCCUUUCUGCGCUGUCCCCCAAACCUGAGGACGUGAACCCGGGGACGCCGCUGCCAUCUACGGAAGGCACCGGCGCAAACCAGCGAGCGGCGACUAGAAUGAAUUUGGCGGUGACUCCAGGCCCCAGUGGGACGAGUUCUGUGUUUUGUGCUCACACUCGGGACUGCUUUCACCCGGGGACCAGGCGGCGAGCUCCAGCGCGGUCACCUCAGCCCCGCCGAGACUCCGUCUUCCCAGUUACUCCAGUUUACAAAUUUCCCCAACCAGAUCGGCCGAGAGCUCCAAGGGAGGUCUCCUUACGUCCCCAAUCCUGCCUUUCCUGCCGAGUGGCCAAGGAGGGCCUUGAAGCCAGGCUGCUGAUGGACCGGUUUCAGCCGCUUAACUGA